ACCUCACUCCACCCGAGUCUGCAUUUUUGCUCAGUUCUCGAGUUUCCACGACCUGCGGCGAAGCGCCUUCCCCUUCUUCGCAGCGCUCGUGGCUUUGAUUCCUUUUGUCCUGCGACUAAGUGUCCUUUCUUCCACUGCGACUUUCUUUGGCAACCAACGCGAUCGACCAAACCAAACACCUGCUUUCUGCGCGACCAAAUAAAUCACCUCCCCAACAUCGCACUCCGAAUCGCGAAAGCUCGCCGUUCAACCCGAAACUCAAAACAAUGGCCGACGACCAACCCCCAAGCCGACGCUACAAAUCUCCCUCCGACCUCUCCCGCUCGCCGCCCUCCUCCUCAUCCUCACCCAGCCCAACAACCCGACACGCCCGCAUAACCGCCACCUCAACAACCCACUCCUCCUCCUCCCAACCCCAAAGACGACGAAACCCGCCAUACCUCCCCACGCCGGCCGAACUCGCCCUCCUGGCAAUAUACCCAUCCCUCCUAACCUUCGGCGCCCUGUUCAGCUUACUCUCCCCGGAGACGCGCAACGCGCCGUACGACCACGCGCGCCAGGCGCACGUGCAGGACUACGCGCUCGCGCCUUCGUACUUUGCGCGCAAGGACAACCUGUUCAACGUCGUCUUUGUCAAGCGCGGCUGGGCGUGGGUGACGGCGGCGUUCUGGGUGUUUGUCUUGACGCAUCCGACUGUCAAGCAUAAUGGGCGGAGGCUGGCGCGAGCUGCGGUGAGGUGGGGCGUGGUGACGGUUUGGUGGGUGUUCGUGACGCAGUGGUUCUUUGGGCCGGCUAUUAUCGAUCGAGGGUUUCGGUGGAGUGGGGGGAAGUGUGAGGUUGUGGAGGAGCAGGUUUUUGGGCAGGGUGAGGGUGGCGUCAGGGAGGUGGUUACUGCUGCUGCGUGUCGGGCUUCGGGUGGGAGUUGGAGGGGCGGGCAUGAUAUUAGUGGGCAUGUCUUCUUGUUGGUGCUGGGGAGUUUCUUUUUGGUGCAGGAGGUCGGGUGGGUGGUGGCCAGGCGGGCGAGGCGUUUGAGGGAGGAGAGGUGUGUGGUGAUGCCUGAUGGGGCGGUCAAAGGGGCGGGCGUGGUCGCCGACAGGGGGGAGCGGCAGGAGGGGGAAGCCGUGCUCACGGUGAUGGAUGCGCUGGGGCUAGGGGGGCGGCUGGCCGCGGCGGUGGUUGGCCUGUGUGGGUGGAUGUUGCUCAUGACGGCCAUCUAUUUCCACACGUGGUUUGAGAAGGUGAGUCAAACCCGAUGUCUGAAAAAGGUAUCUCCUGUCCGAGAAACUUGUGCUAACGUGACAACUCGACAGCUCACUGGCCUUUUGGUGGCCCUGGCAGGGCUGUACGUCACGUACAUUCUUCCGCGGUGGAUUCCUGCAAUGCGGGAGAUUGUUGGACUGCCGGGAAUUUGAAGUUACAGAGCAGGACUGGAGGGACUGACGUAUCAUAGAAUGAGGAAAUAAACCAUACACCUUCUCUCUCAACAGCAGAUUUACCACUGUGGGACCCUGCUUGGCAGGGGCAUGAGGGGCAACGCACGGGCCCUCUAUGACCUCA